AUGUCUCCGACUCCUCCCACAGAAAACGAAGGCAUAGUUACCGAUGUCAGUGAGUGGACUAUAUAUGGGGAAGCGCCAGACACGGAUAAAUAUGUCAAGUUCUCGAGUCUGCUCUUGCUGUCAAUCGUACUGUGCUUGGCGACUCUGUGCGUAGCUGUAGACAACACCAUAACUUCGACCGCGGUGCCUCGGAUCACCCAUGACUUCCACAGCAUUGAGGACGUGGGUUGGUAUGCAGCAAUUUACCCCUUGACCUCCUGCGCAUUCCAACCUUCCUUUGGCAAGAUCUAUACGCUCUUCUCCAACAAACCCGUCUUCCUGGCAGCGUUGUUGAUAUUUGAGAUCGGAAGCACUGUAUGUGCUACUGCACCGAAUUCGAAUGUUUUCAUUUUUGGACGGGCAUUAGCAGGUCUGGGGUCUGCUGGGAUACAAGCAGGUACUACGCUCAUCCUCGCUGAGUGUGUGCCGCUACACCAGCGACCGACAUGGAACAGCAUCGUUGGUAGCAUGUUUGCAGUCGGGAGCGUAGCGGGGCCUUUAUUGGGAGGAGCCUUUUCAGACUCAACCACAUGGCGUUGGUGUUUUUACAUCAAUCUUCCAAUAGGAGGCGUUAUCAUAAUCUCCAUCGCCUUGUUCUAUGAUAGAAGGCGCGGUGGCGAGAGGGUCUUGGAGUCGGCCAGAAUUUGCAAUCAGAUCGCGCGCUUCGACUUGGCUGGUACUUUCACCCUUGUAUCAGCAACGAUCUGUCUUCUUCUAGCACUGUCAUGGGGCGGGACUACAUACGCAUGGGACAAUCCCCGCAUCAUAGCCCUGCUCACGGUCGCUGAUCGUGCCAUCGUUCCUUUACGCUUACUACGUAGGCGAAGCGUAAGUGCGGCAAUCUGGUACAGUCUCUGCCUGGGAGGCGUAUUCUUUGUCAAUGUUUUCUACAUACCGCUCUGGUUUCAAAUGGUCGAUGGCGUCUCUGCCGUCAAAUCCGCUAUCCUGUUCAUCCCAUUCAUGCUCAGUGUCGUCGGUGGAUUCAUGAUCUCGGGCUUUGGGACCGCUACGACGGGAUAUUAUACACCUUUCGUCUACGCGGGGUCAAUGUUUAUGUCGAUAGGUACCGGCCUAUUGAUGACGGUUCGGCCUCAUCACACCUCGCGAGCGAAAUGGGUUGGGUAUCAGAUCCUAUGCGGCGCUGGAAUCGGCCUAGGCGAAGAACAAGGGCUAUACAUGGUCCAGACAACGCUUCCUGAAAAUGAUGUGGCAACUGAGAUUGGACUCAUAUUGUUCGCGCAGACCUUUGGUGGAGCCCUCUUUGUGUCAGUUGCACAGGCAGUUUCCCUGCGCAACAUUAGCGAGGCUUUGAAAACAAUGGCCCUGAACCUGGACCCUCAUUCUGUUCUGGACGGCACAUCGAUUAACUCCUCUUAUGCUCAGGCAUCUCCAGAACUACAGGCAGGCUAUGGCAUGACGAUCAAAGAUGCUCUCCGUGUUGGGCUUGUCCUCGCGACGGUAUCGAGUCUAGGUGCCGUGCUGUACGAUUGGAAAAGUACGAAGACUAAGCGCGAUGAUGGGAACAAUGAACCAAACAGGGACCAUAGAUUGGAACAUACAGGAGACCUUCAGAUGCUGGAUAGGAAGUAA